UUCCCGUUUGGAGUAGAUGUGGCGUGAAUUUCCACCCGAAUGAAGCUGCCAUCGAAGGUGGAUAACGUGUGGAAGCGUUUCCUGGCCAUGCUGUCCCUGCCGGACUUGUUAGUGCUGGGCUGUUUGUGGGCCAGUGGCUUCUCCUUGGGUUACUAUGCCAAGUCGGCUUAUGUGUACGACAACCUGUGGCCACAUUGGUACACCUUGGUGGGCGGGAUAGUGGCCUUGGCUCUGACCCUAGGUUGGACCCUCAGGAAGCACAAGAAGCAGCAGUACAGCUACGAUCACUACUACAUCAUAUUCUACGGCCUACUUUGCUCGCUGAUGGGAAGCUGCUUCAUGCUGACUAAACAGCUGGCUGUUAGCUACUACUUCAUCUUUGUGGGAUUAAGUGUGCAGUAUUUGGCCGGAUUCAGUUACGUGAGCCUGCGUUGUGAUGCCUCCGGAACAAGGCCUUCCAGAAUAUCCCUGGCAAACUCAUUAUAUGCCGGAGGAAUGACCACAGGAUUUGUGAUUUUCAACGAGAUGGAACCGCAACGUUGCGGAUUGAUUGCUUUGGGAAUUAACCUGCUCUUACUCUGCCUGGUUUGUCUAAAUGAGUUGCUGCACCACACGGGUUGCAUUAACUACAAGGAAUCAAGGGAUUUGGUUUUUAAUCUACUCAACGAAGAGAAGAUGGCCUUCCUGCCGCGUCAAGCAAUUCUGGCCCAGUUUGUGGACCGAACGGAUUACGAACUGAAGGAUAGUAGGCAGUGGUUGGUGCUGAUCCUUGGAGGAUCUCUGGUUUAUCUACAAAAGAGCUGCCUCCUCUUCUCACCCACCUAUAUGCAGCUGAUGUGGAGCAGCACUGUGGGAUAUCUGCAGCGAACCCAGCUCUAUAUACCCUUUGUUCUCUACUCGGCUGGCACGAGUUUUGGAGCCCUGCUCCUGAUGAGGUACACCCCCAAGUUGGUGUAUCUACUCUUCGGACUCAUCCAGAUGACCUUAUUAGUGGCUCUGCUGUGCAUCUACAGCGAUGAACAGUCGGAGAAUUGUUUUCUGUUCCUGUGCCUCAUAUACAUCACCAUGGGAGUGCUUUCGAGUCAGGGAAUCCACUGGUUACUGGAGUGCUCACCCUUCCUCUACGCCGAGUUGGCCUUGGCCGCGGGUUUCAUCCUGCAACUGGCCGUUCUCGAGGGCUCUAAAUACGAGUCAUUCGCCACGGACACUUGGAUUGCCUUAAUCAUAGUCAGUGUAAUCACACUAGUGCUCACUGCCCUGGCCAUUCCGGUGGUGCAGUGGCUCCAGCCGAAUUCCGCCAGCCUGGUUGAUGUGCGAAACCGACUGCUGGGCAUCCAGCGAAAAUCACUGCCUCCGGAACAGACCCAAUUCUGGCACACCAACCACUUCCUGGCCCACAACAAGCCAGCCAACCAGCUGGAAUCCGUGCAGCUGGGCAGGAACCGCAUCUUCCAGCAGUAUCCGAUCAGCGGGAGUGACAUCACGACCAGCCACAAGAACGACAAGCUCUGAUAAUAAAGUGCUGUAAUCUAAGCUUCCACAUGUUUGUCUUUUAUACAUCCCAAUCAUCAGUCACUCUCAGUGGCACUGUCAAUGGGUUUGCUUUGUUAUUUAUCUUCAUCGUACUCAAAACACACAGAAAAGUAACACUUCAUCUGAAUUGGUUUCUAUUGAAUGAAACCUA